AUGGCUGUGUCCCCCACACCUGGGGAGCUGGAAUAUGUUAAUAACUACACAUCAGAGAGCAGAGCAAACGGGAGUUAUGUUGGGAGAGAAUUUUUCUCAGGUAACUGGAUGGAGAUCCUCUCUCUGGUCAUUGCCCUGGCUGGACUGGUGGGGAACAGCACCGUCCUGUGGCUCCUGGGCUUCCGCAUCCCCAGGAAUCCCUUCUCCGUCUACAUCCUCAACCUGGCCGGAGCAGAUGCCCUUUUCCUUUGUUGCUCCUUUCUGAUUUCCAUAGAUCGAUUUGUUGAUUACUUGGGUUAUUCUUUCAAAUACUACGUAGCAGUGUGCACCAAAUACUGCUUCUACGUUGUCGGCCUGAGCCUCUUGGCUGCCAUCAGCACCGAGCGCUGUCUCUCCGUGCUCUUCCCCAUCUGGUAUAAAUGUCACCGCCCCAAGCACAUGUCUGCGGCUGUGUGCGCUGUCCUCUGGGCUCUGCCUGUUCUGUUCUGGGUAGCUGGUGCUAUCGUUUAUGUUCGUAUUAAACAUCAGUAUUUCCUGGACUUCUUAUUCAUCACUGAGUUCAUGUGGUUCGUCCUCCUCACCUGUGUGCUCUGCGUGUCCAGCCUGACUCUGCUGCUGAGGGUCCAGUGCAGCUUCCAGCGCCAGCACCCUCCCAGGCUCUACCUCCUGGUGCUGCUCACUGUCCUCAUGUUCCUGGUCUGUGGCCUGCCCUUGGAGAUCGGGUUUUUCAUAGAAUACUUGAGCAGAAUUUCCAUGCAUUAUUGGUUUGCUCAUCUCAUGGCCUAUGUGAACAGCAGUGUGAACCCCAUCAUUUACUUCUUCCUGGGCAGACAAAGGCAUAGAAGGAGGGAGUCCCUCAGGGUGAUCCUCCAGAGGGCCCUGGGGGAAGAACAGGAGUUGGGAGGUGGGAUUAGAGACAAUCCCCACACCAACAGCCCAGAGACCUCAUUCUGA